AUGCAACUGGCUCGAAUUGGAGAAAUUGGUGCCAUGCAGAAUCUGUUCGCGACUCAAAAAUUGACCGCGAAUCACCGCGAUGAGGAAGGAAUCACUCCACUACAUUGGGCCGCGAUCAACAAUCAAUAUGCGAUGUGCAAGUUUCUUCUCGACUCGGGCGCAGACGUGAACGCCAAGGGUGGAGAGUCGGUGGCUACCCCAGCCAUGUGGGCGGCGCAACGGUGCCAUUACUAUAUUGUCAACCUUCUGCUCAACCACGGGGCGGAUCCCCUCUUGACUGAUGUGCAAGGCUAUAAUAUCCUUCAUCUUGCGACCAUCGAUGGAAACGCGUUCCUCCUCGUUCUGCUGCUCCACCAAGAAAUCCCGGUGGACGUGGUCGACCAACAAGGUCACACGGGCUUGAUGUGGGCUGCCUAUAAGGGAUAUCCAACUCUAGUGGAUCUGUUCCUGCGCUGGGGGGCUAACACCAAUGCGGUGGAUGAGGGCGGCCUGACGCCGCUCCAUUGGGCUUUGGUCAAGGGCUCCCUGCCCUGUGUCUUGAAGCUGCUGGAAUACGGUGCGAACAGAUUCGCAAAGACCAGAGACGGAAAAUCUCCGAUGACUGUGGCGCAGGAAAUGAACACUUUGCGCAUCUGGACGCGCGCUCUUAAUGAGCGUGGCUACGAGCCUGAUGGCAACCAGAAGACUGUGCCUAUGGGAUUGUCUGGCUGGGUUCAGAACAAGAGUCUCAUGGCAAAAUUCUUUUUCCUCUGGCCCUUCUUGACCAUUCUGGUCGCUGUCUGGAUACUCAGCAACCUAGCCAUCUUCAUCAGUGUCCCACUUACUCUGGCGACGCUGUUUGGUAUGCAAUGGGCUGCGCAGCAAUUAGCGAAUCGUGGGCCCGCUGAAUAUCGCAUCCUUCAAAAGACGCCUUACCUGGCUGGUGUGUUCGCAGGUACACUGUUCUGGGUUGGAUUUUGUUAUGCUUUUAAGGUCUUGCCUGGGACCUAUGCUUCGUCUCCCGUCCUGAACAUUCUUUUUGCGGUCUUCUACAUCCUGACCACCUUUUUCUAUAUCAUGGCCAUGGUCGGAGACCCGGGGUACGUCCCGAAGAUUAGCAGCAGAAACCAGCAGAGAGAGAUGGUCAACCAGCUCUUUGAAUUAUGGAAAUUUGAUGAAGAAAACUUUUGUGUUCCUUGCAUGUCGAGAAAGCCCCUUCGCAGCAAGCACUGCCGCCGUUGCGGCCGCUGUGUCGCCAAGCACGACCACCACUGCCCUUGGAUCGACAACUGUGUGGGAGCAAAUAACCUUCGUCACUUCGUUCUCUAUAUUGUUUGUCUCGAAAUUGGCAUCAUUCUCUUCGUACAGCUGACCAUUCGCUACAUCAACAAUCUGCCAUCUACGAAUGCCCAAUGCAGCGUUGUCAAGGAUGCUCUGUGCGAUUAUGUGACUCGCGACACUUUCGCCCUGGUUAUCAACGUCUGGAUCAUUCUUCAGUUGGUCUGGGUCACGAUGCUGUGCGCGGUGCAACUCGUCCAGGUUUCGCGCAAUCAGACCACGUACGAGAAUAUGAGAGGGCACCACAUCGACCGUUCCUAUCCCAGCUCCCAAGCCUUUGCCUCGGCCAUGACUGCUGGCACGACCUCGAUGGAGGCUGCCGGUCUCACCGCCGCCGGACAGGGACCGAACCCGGCCCUGGCACGACCUCCUGCCCCGCGUCGCCGCCACGGCUGUUUCCAGCAGUGGUCAUCCCUUCUGGGUAUCGACACCUUCUUCGCUACUGCGCGCGAUGGACUACGCGAUGGACCUCAGGCCACACGGCCCCGCAAUCCCUUCUCUCGCGGGGUCGUAGGCAAUUGUCGCGACUUCUGGUGCGACCCCGCCCCGAUCUUUGGCAAGCGCGAAUCUGGAGCUGCAAUGCUUGGUGGUGAGAUAGUGAACUAUAACGACAUGUACGAAACUCCGAUGCGCAUGCACGCCGGCGCUCGUGAGGGAGGGGCCUACCACAGCGUGGCAGCUGACGAUUCCGAACACAUGGUAUAA